GGAAGUCGCGUUUGUUGUUCUUCCUUCUGCUUCCGAGGCGUUCAGGGUCUGAACGGGUUCAACGGCCGCGUCCGCAUGUCGCCACGGACCCCCCCGUAGAGCGUCGCCCCCCGCCCCGGAUGAAGAUUAACAGGUAUGCCAAAGGAAAAAUAUGAUCCUCCAGAUCCCCGCAGAUGUUACACCAUCAUGCCGGCGGAGGAGGCGGCCAGCGGGAAGAAGUCUUACUGGGCCGAGCUGGAGAUUUCUGGCCGGGUGAGGAGCCUGAGCAGCUCCUUGUGGACGCUCAGCCACCUGACGGCGCUGCACAUCAACGACAACAACCUGAGCCGCAUCCCGCCCGACAUCGCCAAGCUGCCCCACCUGGCCUACCUGAACCUGUCGUCCAAUAAGCUGCGCAGCCUUCCCGCCGAGCUGGGCAACGUGGUGUCUCUCAGGGAGUUGCUUUUAAACAACAAUCUUCUACGGGUUUUGCCUUAUGAACUCGGCAGGCUUUUCCAGUUGCAAACUCUGGGGCUAAAAGGAAACCCUUUGUCCCCGGACAUCCUCAAUCUGUACCAGGAGCCGGACGGAACCAGAAAGCUUCUGAACUACAUGCUGGACAAUCUGGCAGUGCACCCGGAGCAGCUCCCCCAAAGGCCCUGGAUCACCCUGAAGGAGCGAGACCAAACGAGUCCCACGGCCGUGUUCACGGUCAUGUGCUACAACGUGCUGUGCGACAAGUACGCCACGCGGCAGCUGUACGCCUACUGCCCGUCCUGGGCCCUCAACUGGGAGUACCGCAAGAAGGGCAUCAUGGAGGAGAUCACCAGCUGUGACGCCGACAUCAUCAGCCUGCAGGAGGUGGAGACGGAGCAGUACUACACCAUGUUCCUGGACACCCUGAAGCAGCGCGGUUAUGACGGCUACUUCUGCCCAAAGUCUCGAGCCAAACUGGUUUCUGAGCAGGAGAGGAAACACGUGGACGGCUGCGCCGUGUUCUUCAAGACCGACAAGUUCACUCUGGUCCAGAAACAUACUGUGGAGUUCAACCAGGUGGCCUUGGCCAACUCUGAGGGGUCAGAGGUCAUGCUGAACAGAGUAAUGACCAAAGACAACAUCGGGGUGGCCGUCCUGCUGGAGGUCAACAAGGACCUUUUCUCAGAGGGCAGGAAGCCGCCUCAGGAGAGGCAGCUGAUCCUGGUGGCCAACGCCCACAUGCACUGGGACCCCGAGUACUCGGACGUCAAGCUGGUCCAGACCAUGAUGUUCCUGUCGGAGCUGAAGAGCAUCGCCGAGAGGGCGUCCGGCUCCGCGGCGUCCGGCGACCCGUCCUCCAUCCCCAUCGUCCUGUGCGCCGACCUCAACUCGCUGCCCGACUCCGGCGUGGUGGAGUACCUGAGCAACGGAGGCGUGGCCGAGACCCACAAGGACUUCAAGGAGCUGCGCUACAGCGACUGCCUCACCAACUUCAGCUGCAACGGCAAGAACGGCCCCUCCGACGGCAGCGUGACGCACAGCUUCCAGCUGAGGAGCGCCUACGACGGCAGCGAGAUGCCCUACACCAACUACACCUACGACUUCAAGGGCGUCAUCGACUACAUCUUCUUCUCGAGGACCCACAUGAGUGUCCUCGGCCUGCUGGGCCCUCUGGACAGCCAGUGGCUCAGCGACAACAGCGUCACCGGCUGCCCCCACCCCCACGUGCCCUCGGACCACUUCUCCCUGCUGGCCCAGCUGGAGCUGCACCCCCCGCCGCUCAACCCCCUCAACGGGCUGCACCUGCCGGUCCACAGGUAGUGCAGCCCCCCCCCUCACGGCUUUAUACAGAACCCUCUACCGACCACCGAUCAUGUUGAAAAAAAUCCAGACGCCCCCCCCCCCCGACCCCCCCGACCCCGAGACACAGCAACACAAGAGGACUGAAAAGGACUGAAGUAUUCGCCCGUUUGUUCAUCUUACAUUUGUUCUCCCCCCCCCCUCCAUGAUACCAAAUGUCUGGCGUUGGGAUGGAGUUGCUAUGGUGACCCCCAAUGUCAAUUGUCUGUACCCCCCCUAAACAUCAAACCAUAACGACUAAUACAAUCAACAUUUUAAAGAUAAACUACGUAAAGUUCAUUUGUUCUUUUUCACGUUUUACACAGACGUGAAGUUUUA